AUGACGCUAUUGCAGCCCGGAAGCGAAAUCAGUUCAGGAUCGAUAGGCUUAUCGAGGACCACGGACUCCGGGGCCGAUGGGGGUGCGAAUGUUGACAAUGGCAUGGUGAAACCCAGCAAUGGCAACAUCAGCCCUCACAAUGGGAAUGUGAUGGAAGGCAGGAUCCACAUCCGUUUCCCCGGGGGUGUCGAGCAAUGGAAGGAUUUAGUGAGCCAGGUCACCGAGCGCUGCGACGUGAGCGGUCUAGCAACCAACCCCACGAGAUAUCAGCUGGCAUCGACGGGAUUCGGUGAUGCGAGCACUGUGUACCGGCAGCGCUUCAUGACGGUCCCUAGCGAGGUACACUCCGCGUUGCAAGAGCUUUGUGUUGAACGCCGUGUCAGCGUAAGAUCCGUUAUUCUUUUCGCCAUACACCAGAUGCUGAAAGGGUUUGGUAAUGGAUCACAAACUAUUACCGCCUCUCUACACCUUGAGGAGAAUCCCCAAGAUUCUCAACCAUCAUGGGCGGUGUCGCCCACAUUCGUCAGCCAUGAGAACAGAGAGGGAUGCUCCGUGGCACAGGCCGUUGAGAGUAUUGAAGCGGUGCGCAGUUCGAAGAAGCCGUUCACACACACGAUCGAAAGAGCGUCAGAUCUCGUGGGCUUAGGGCUAUUUGACUUACUCGUCAUCUUUGCCGACGCAGACGGUGCUGCUCUUCCAUCAUUUGAUUUUCCCUUAGCAGUGAUGGUAGAUGAGGGUGAGACAGGACUCCAGCUGACUCUGCGCUUCUCCGACUGUCUUUUCGAUGAGGAGACAAUAUGCAAUUUCACAGAUGCCCUUAACAUCUUGCUCGCUAAAGCAGCGACAGGAGGAGCGACGCUAGUUACUGAUAUUGAACUACUGUCAUUAGAGCAGCAGCAGCAGCUGGAGGAAUGGAACAACACGGAUGGAGAGUACCCAGCAUCCAAGCGGCUGCAUCAUCUAAUUGAAGAGGGGGCUCAACGCCACAAGGACAAGGUCGCCGUGGUUUGCGAGGAGCGACAGAUCACCUACGGCGAGCUCAACACCCAGGCAAACCGUCUCGCACGUUAUCUUCACUCAACAGGCAUCCAGCCCGAGCAAAUUGUCGCAUUGUUCCUCGAUAAGAGUGAAAAGCUUAUUGUUACCAUUCUGGGCGUCAUCAUCACCAGUAAUCGACACGCCGAGAGGCUUGAGCGACAGAUCGUCAGCGACAGGAAACUCUGCAUUAUUCCUUUGGAGCCAUUGCUCGAAUUCCUUGGUCAGGAUAGCUCGAGCAUUCCAUCGCACAACUUGGAUGAGCUACGCCUCACGAGCAGGCAACUAGCCUACGUGACAUAUACCUCUGGAACCACGGGGUUCCCCAAGGGUAUCUUUAAACAACACACGAACGUAGUCAACAGUAUCACCGACCUGUCUGCCCGUUAUGGGGUGACUGGGCAACACCACGAAGCGAUUCUGCUGUUCUCAGCCUACGUGUUCGAGCCAUUCGUUCGCCAAAUGCUCAUGGCAUUAGUAAACGGCCAUCUCCUCGCCAUUAUCAAUGAUGCAGAAAAGUAUGACGCGGACAAAAUCCUUCCCUUCAUUCGCAGACACAACAUUACCUACCUCAAUGGUACUGCCUCUGUUCUACAAGAAUACAACUUUUCCGACUGCCCGUCCCUCAAGCGAAUGAUUCUGGUGGGUGAAAACUUAACAGAAGCCCGGUAUCUGGCUCUACGCAAACGAUUCAAGAACCGCAUUCUGAAUGAGUAUGGAUUCACUGAAUCAGCCUUCGUAACAGCCCUCAAGGUCUUUGAGCCCGAGUCGACUCGCAACGACACGAGUUUGGGAAGACCCGUGCGCAACGUCAAGUGCUAUAUCCUUAAUCCUGCCCUCAAGCGUGUUCCCAUUGGGGCCACGGGCGAGUUACACAUUGGAGGGUUGGGUAUUUCAAAGGGAUACCUCAACCGCCCUGAUCUCACACCGACACGGUUCAUCCCCAAUCCCUUCCAGACGAAGCGUGAGAAGCAGCUCGGAGUCAACAGCUUAAUGUACAAGACUGGAGACCUGGCGCGCUGGCUUCCGAACGGCGAGGUUGAAUAUCUGGGACGCGCAGAUUUCCAGAUCAAGUUGCGAGGCAUCCGAAUUGAGCCCGGUGAGAUUGAGGCAACGUUGGCUCAGUACCCCGGCGUCCGGACAAAUCCCAGUAAACGUGAACGGAAAGGCGGACCUGCGCGCCCUGCCAGCGUCGAUAUUUCCAAAUCCUCCGAGAUUCGUUCCGAUCUCAGGAGCGACAUGGAAUCUGCUCUCGGAGAAAUCUGGGCCGACGUAUUGGAAGCCCGCCACGGAUCGAUCUCUCGCAACGAUAACUUCUUCCGUCUCGGAGGGCACAGCAUCACCUGCAUCCAACUCAUUGCGCGCAUCCGAGAGCGACUCUCGGUAAGUAUUUCUGUCGAGGAUGUCUUCGCAACAAGAACACUGGAGCGCAUGGCGUAUCUUCUGCAGAGCAAGCAACAUGAGGCAUCCGAUGGACGCUAUGGGAGCGAAUCUGCUGCGCAGGGAGACGCAGCCACUGAUAAUGUUUAUAUGGCAAACAGUCUUCAGCAGGGGUUUGUCUAUCAUUAUCUUAAAAACAUGGAACACUCCGAUGCCUAUAUAAUGCAGUCUGUCCUGCGAUAUGAUAUCAAGUUGUCCCCAGAUCUGUUCCAGAGGGCCUGGAAGCACACUCAACAGGUCUACCCGGCACUGAGGCUUCGUUUCAAGUGGGCAAAGGAAGUUUCACAAGUGAUAGAUCAGGACCAACUGUUGGACUGGCGUUUCUUCCACUUUGCCAAUGUGCCUACGGGUGCUGUUGAGGAUCAGAAAUUGGUCGACUUGCAGCACCAAGACCGCGAGGAGUCAUACAAACUAGAUGCCGGGAGGCUAUUCCGCAUCUAUCUGAUACAAUACAGCGAGAAUCGUUUCACUUGUCUCUUUAGCUGUCACCAUGCAAUCCUUGAUGGUUGGAGCCUGCCGCUUCUGUUCGAGAAAGUCCAUGAAACCUAUCUGCAAUUGCUCCAUGGGGACAAUAUUGUCCCGCUUGCAGAUGACCCUUACGCUCGCACCCAACGGUAUCUCCAAGCUCACCGUGAGGAUCAUCUCGAUUAUUGGGCCGGAGUGGUUGGGCAGAUCGCCGAGCGGUGCGAUAUGAAUGCCUUGUUGAAUGAGCGUAGUCGGUACAAAGUCCAACUGGCGGACUAUGACCAGGUACAGGACCAGAAACAGCUGACAGUGGCACUCGCCGGAGAUGAAUGGCUAGGAGAACUCCGUCAGACCUGCUCCACCCAAGGCAUUACCUUGCAUUCGAUCCUCCAGUUUGUUUGGCACGCCGUGCUUCACGCUUAUGGGGGCGGCAGCCAUACAAUCACCGGCACGACCAUCUCUGGAAGAAACCUGCCCAUUAGCGGAAUUGAACGAUCCGUUGGGCUUUAUAUCAAUACGCUGCCGCUGGUAAUCGAUCAUUCGGCAUACAAAGACAAGACUAUCAUGGAGGCCAUUGAGGAUGUGCAGGCUAAAGUAAACGCGAUGAAUAGCCGCGGCAAUGCGGAACUGGGCAAUCUCCGCAAAAACGACUUGAAGCAUGGAUUAUUCGACUCUCUAUUCGUGCUGGAGAACUACCCGAACCUGGACAAGUCACGGGUUCUACAGCACCAAAGCCAACUGCGAUAUUCAAUCCAAGGAGGUACAGAGAAGCUGGACUACCCGCUGGCUGUCAUCGCGCGUGAAGUUGAGGCUACUGGCGGAAUCACUCUGUCCAUCUGCUACGCCAGUGAGCUGUUUGAGGAGGUGACCAUCUCCGAGCUACUUCGUAUGAUCCAGGACACUUUGAUGCGGGUUGCGCAAGGCUUGAAUGAACCUGUCCGCAGUCUGGAGUACCUCUCAUCUGCCCAACUGGCACAACUCGCUGCGUGGAAUGCUACGGAAGCAGAGUUUCCCGACACCACGCUGCAUGAGAUGUUCGAGAUGGAAGCGAUUAAGAAGCCCGAGAAAACAGCGGUCAUCUACGAGGAGCAGGCCUUAACCUAUCGCGAGUUGAAUGAGCGGGCGAACCGCAUGGCACACCAACUAAGGUCCGACGUCAGCCCGAAGCCCAACGAAGUCAUUGCCCUCAUAAUGGACAAGAGCGAGCAUAUGGUCGCCAGCAUUUUGGCCGUGUGGAAAAGCGGAGGUGCAUAUGUUCCAAUUGACCCUGGAUAUCCUGAUGACCGUAUCCAAUAUAUCAUUCAGGACACCCGGGCCAUCGCUGUCAUUGCGGACUCCUGCUAUCUGCCUCGCGUCAAGGGAAUGGCUGCACCAGAAACGCUUCUUUAUCCCUCCGACCUGACAGCCACGCCAGAUCCAAAGUACAGUACAGCAAACCCUUCACCGGUAAGUCGGAACACAGACCUGGCCUAUAUCAUCUAUACAUCUGGCACGACGGGCCGGCCCAAGGGUGUCGCAUUGGAGCAUCAUGGAGUGGUCAAUCUGCAGGUGUCGCUGUCUAAGAUAUUUAACUUGCGGAGUACGGACGAUGAGGUGAUACUCUCUUUUUCCAACUACGUAUUCGACCAUUUUGUGGAGCAGCUGACCGACGCCAUUCUCAAUGGCCAAACCCUACUGGUCCUCAAUGAUGAAAUGCGUGGAGACAAAGACCGACUCUAUCAAUACAUUGAGAAGAACCGAGUGACCUACCUGUCUGGUACCCCAUCUGUGGUUUCGAUGUACGAGUUCAACCGGUUUAAGAGCCAUCUCCGCCGUGUAGACUGCGUCGGAGAGGCGUUUAGCGAACCGGUCUUCGACAAGAUUCGCGAAACUUUCCAUGGCCUCGUCAUCAACGGCUACGGCCCGACGGAAGUCUCCAUCACCACCCAUAAACGUCUCUAUCCGUUCCCAGAGCGGCGCACAGACAAGAGUAUCGGUCAACAGGUCCAUAAUAGCACGAGCUAUGUGCUGAACGACGACAUGAAGCGCGUUCCUAUCGGGGCUGUUGGUGAGCUCUACCUAGGUGGUCAAGGUGUCGCACGAGGUUAUCACAAUCGCCCAGAUGUGACCGCGGAGCGAUUCAUACCCAAUCCAUUUCAGACGGAAGAGGAAAGGAAAACAGGCCGAAACUCCCGCCUCUACAAGACAGGCGAUCUAGUACGUUGGAUCCCAGGGAGUAGCGGGGAGAUUGAGUACCUGGGCCGUAAUGACUUCCAGGUCAAGAUUCGCGGAUUGCGCAUCGAACUGGGUGAAAUCGAGGCCAUCCUGUCGUCAUACCCUGAGAUCAAACAGUCUGUGGUGAUUGCAAAGGACCGCAAAGAAGGAGGACAGAAAUUCCUCGUUGGCUACUACGUUGCUGAUGCAACGCUGUCGUCAGCCGCUAUUCGGCGCUUCAUGCAGUCUCGAUUGCCUGGCUACAUGGUACCAUCUCGCCUCAUACCAAUCAGCAAACUCCCCGUCUCUCCCAGUGGAAAGUUAAACACCAAGGCCUUACCUCCCGCUGAAGAAGAGAGCGAGAUCGACGUGGUGGCGCCGCGCAAUGAAGUCGAACGCACCCUGUGUGACAUUUGGGCGGAGCUGCUUGAGGUCCGCCCAGAGGAGAUUGGAAUUUAUAGCGAUUUCUUCAGUCUGGGAGGUGACAGUCUGAAGAGCACGAAGCUUUCAUUUAUGGUUCAUGAGGCCUUUAAUCGAGCAAUCUCAGUCAGCAAUCUUUUCCGUCACCGAACGGUUGAGAACCUAGCACACCUGAUCGUAAACAAUGCUGCGGAUGUGAAUGAAAUCACACCUCUGGAAUACAAUGAGGGGCAGAUGAUUCCCGUUUCCUGCGCCCAAGAGCGGCUUCUCUUCAUUCACGAGUUUGAGAAUGGCAGUAAUGCAUACAACAUCGACACCGCUUAUAAAUUUCCUGGCUCGGUUGACGCCUCGUAUCUCGAGCAGGCACUGCGUGGAAUCCUUGCUCGUCACGAGGCGUUGAGAACGUUGCUGGUCAAGGACGACAAAACUGGCACCUAUUUUCAGAGAAUAUUGAGCCCCGAGGCGCCCAGCGCAUAUUUUCCAUCAGGCUUUGAUGCAUGGUCGUUAAGUGUGUUUGAGCGAGAACUUCAAGCCUUGUACGCGGUCCUCCACAAAACAAAGAGUGCAGCGACUUUGCCCACGCUGAAAGUACAGUACAAGGAUUAUGCCCAAUACCAUCGCCGGCAGCUUUCAGCCAACCGCAGUAGCCUAUCCGACUUUUGGUUGCAAAAGCUCAGUGGUUUAGAGUCAUUACAGCUGAUCACGGACCGUCCACGACCGGGGCGUUUCAACUAUGAGGGCGACGAUCUCAGUAUUGAACUGAGUCAAAAGGAAACACAGAGCCUGAGAGAGGUUGCAAAACAUUGCAAGUCAAGUCUGUAUGUGGUCCUGCUAUCCGCGUAUUACGUGAUGCUUGCCUCGUACGCGAACCAGACAGAUAUCGCAGUGGGUAUCCCAAUCAGCCACCGAACACACCCGCAAUUCCAGUCCAUCAUUGGAUUCUUCGUGAAUCUCGUCGUGCUUAGAGUAGAUGUGUCUCAGUGUGGCAUUCGCGACCUCAUCGCAAGGGUAAUGAAAGAGCUGGUGCAAGCACAAUUACACCAAGACAUGUCGUUCCAGGAGGUGACGAAGCUGUUGCAGGUGGUUAAUGAUUCUAGCCGGCAUCCAUUGGUACAAACCGUUUUCAACUUUGAAGCCCGUCCAGACCAAGAGCAUGACACUGGGUCGCAAGAUGAGGGGGUAUUACAAUUUACUCAACACCGCCCGGUUCAGCCCCUCGCUUCAGUUGCGAAGUUCGAUCUGAAUGCAACGAUCACCGAACUGGAGUCGGGAUUGAGGGUGACGUUCAACUACGCCACCAGCCUGUUCAAUAAGACCACGAUUGAGGGUCUUUUGCGUACCUACGAAUACCUCAUUCACCAGCUAUCGACGCUAGGUUCAGAAGGAAUCAAGGAGGAUACGCAGUUGUUGUUGGUUCGUCCGCAAGAGAAUGGCGAUGCACACCUACCAUUGGCGCAAUCCCCUCUUGCAAUGCCUGCUAAGAAGCAGAACGCAGCAUCGCUAAGCCAGGCCUUCGAGCACGAAGUUUCACUGGCCUUGGAGAAGAUUGCCGUUGUUCAAGGAGAUAAAGCACUCAGCUAUGCCGAUCUCAACAAGCGGGCUAACCAGUUAACGCGAUACUUACAAUCUGUCUCCUCCAUUGGGGCUGAAGGGCGAGUAGCUCUGAUACUGGACAAGAGCAUCGAGACAAUUGUUUGCAUUCUGGCGAUAUGGAAGGCCGGUGCAGCAUAUGUGCCCUUGGACCCAACUUACCCGAAGGAGCGCGUCAAGCUGAUACUGGAGGAGACUCAGGCGAAGACUGUUCUUGUGCACUCCCACCAUGCCGUUAAAUGUGAAUACCUGGGCGCAAAAGUGAUAUCAAUCGACUCGCCCGCCGUCGUAACCGAGAUCGACCAACAGUUACCUGCCGACUUGCCUGCCGUUGCCGGGCUAGACAAUCUGGCGUAUAUAAUCUAUACUUCGGGCACUUCCGGUAAGCCCAAGGGCGUUCUAGUGGAGCAAAAGGGUGUUCUAUUGUUGCGUGAUGCCCUCAGGGAACGGUAUUUUGGCAGUGGCUGCGCCAAGCAUCAUUCCGUACUUUUCCUUUCUAAUUAUGUCUUUGAUUUCUCUAUCGAACAAAUUGUGCUAUCGGUGCUAAGCGGACACAAGUUGAUCGUUCCUCCGGCAGAGUUCGUCGUCGAUGAAGAGUUCUACAAGAUGGCCAACACUCACGGCCUCUCGUAUUUAAGUGGAACUCCAUCCUUGCUGCAACAGAUCGAUGUGGCACAACUGCAUCACUUGCAGGUCAUAACUGCAGCAGGUGAGGUGUUUCAUGCCACGCAAUACGAGAAAAUGCGCCGCAGAUUUGGAGGUACGAUCUACAAUGCCUACGGUAUCACUGAGACCACGGUGUACAACAUCAUCACGGAAUUCACUGCGAAUUCGAGUUUUGAGAAUGCUAUACGCGAUGUGCUUCCCGGCACCCGAGCGUAUUUGCUCAACAAGGCGCUUCAGCCCGUCCCGUUCGACGCAGUAGGAGAGCUUUACCUGGCUGGUGACUGCGUGGCACGUGGUUAUCUCAACGAACCUGUUCUAACAGAUCAGCGGUUCCUUCCCAACCCUUUCCGGAGCGAGGAGGACCUCACCGCUGGGCGAUUCUCGCGACUUUACAAGACCGGCGACCUGCUUCGAUGCCGGGUCAGCCAUCAACAGCAGCCACAACUCGAAUACCUAGGAAGAGGCGAUCUGCAGGUCAAGAUGAGAGGAUACCGUAUUGAGCUUUCCGAAGUGCAGAACGUUCUUGCCUCUAGUCCUGGUGUUCGGGAGUGUGUGAUUGUCGCCAAAUAUGACCAGGAAGAUGCCUAUUCACGGAUCGCGCAGUCCCUAGUCGGCUACUAUAUCGCGGACAACGAAACAGUACUGGAAACUAACAUUCUCACAUUCAUGAAAGCGAGGCUUCCAGCAUACAUGGUGCCGAGCGAUCUCUGCCGUCUAGAGGGUACACUUCCUGUGACUAUUAACGGAAAGCUUGACAUCAAGAGACUGCCUGAAAUUGACAACACAUCAGCGCUGUUAUCAUACAAACGAUGCGGAAUCGACGAUGACCUCUUCAAACUAGGUGGUGACAGCAUAAUGUCAUUGCACCUUGUGGCACAGAUCCACAAUCAGAUCGGUCGGAAGGUCACUGUUCGAGACAUCUUUGAGUAUCGUACGAUUCGAGCCCUCAAUGACCACGUCUUCAUGAAGGACACAGAUCCGGAUGCUGUCGCCCAGUUCCGUAGCGAACAAGGACUGGUGGUUGGCGAAGCGCCCUUACUGCCGAUUCAGAACUGGUUCCUGUCUAAGCCGCUGCAGCAUUGGAGCUAUUGGAAUCAUACCUUCUACCUCCGAACUCCUGAGCUGGAUAUUGCUGCCCUGAGAACUGCCGUCAACGAAUUGCAACAGUAUCACGAUGCUUUCCGUACGCGACUGAAUCGCAAGAACAAUAGAUUUGUACAGUCCUUUGCUGAAGACGCUUCUCCUGUCCAGCUACGGGUGCUAAACACAAAGGACGUUGACGGGCCUGCAGCCGUUAACCAGAUACUGCGCGAGUGGCAGUCAGGCUUUGACCUCGAGGACGGCCCGAUCUGUGCCAUUGGCUACCUGUAUGGGUACGAAGAUCGAUCCGCGCGAGUAUGGUUCUCCAUCCAUCACUUCGCCGUCGACACCGUUAGCUGGCAGAUCAUGGCCCGUGACUUGCAGAUACUCUACCAGAAAGGGAGCCUGGGGUGCAAGGGAAGCAGUAUCCGGCAGUGGUCUGAAGCGAUCCAAAGUUACCAGGCGUCAGCGUCUGAAAUAGAGUACUGGAACGAGCUCAUUGCGCAAUCGGCUUCCAGCAUCUCUGCGCUUCCGGCAUCGACCGGGUCGCGUGUGCAUCUGACCAGGAGUUUAAGUGCUGAGAUGACAGCUUUGCUGCUCCAAGGUGGCAACAAUCGGCAGGAUAUCUCCGUGUACGACUCUCUACUGAGUGCGGUUGGAUUGGCACUCCAAAAUAUCUCUCCAACGGGCCCGAGUAUGGUCACCAUCGAGGGACAUGGUCGCGAGGAAGAUGUUGACCAGACACUGAAUGUCAGCCGCACCAUGGGUUGGUUCACGAGUAUGUAUCCAUUUGAGAUCCCCCGUCUCAAUACCGAGAACCUAGUUCAUGGAGUAGUUGCUAUAAAUGAACGGCUCAGGCAGGUCCCUGCUAGAGGCAUCGGGUAUGGAGCAUUGUACGGCUAUAGUCGACACCCGUUGCCUCAGAUUACUGUCAACUAUCUGGGGCACAUCUCUCCGAAGCAAUCAAAACCAAACGAGUGGGUAAUUGCCGUGGGCGACAAUAAACUCGAGUAUGGACUCACAACAAGCCCAGAGGACAAGGAUAAGAGCUCCUCUGCCGUCGAUGUCACAGCUGUGUGUAUUGAUGGCACUAUAAGAGUCGACAUGGACAGUGCUUGGGGCCUUGAGGAGAGUGAGAAAUUCAUCUCAAACAUCGAAGAAGGAUUGAACAAGGUCAUCGGGGCCGUAGCAAGACAACAAACCUCUGUAUCCCCGGAGAAUCCUCAAUUAACUGAGGAGACGUACACACCAUACUUCGAGUACCUGGAGCCGUCACGACAGGGCCCAACGCUGUUCCUGCUACCUCCGGGCGAAGGAGGUGCCGAAAGCUACUUCAACAACAUCGUCAAACACCUACCUAGGACAAACAUGGUUGCCUUUAACAAUUACUACUUGCACAGCAAACACAUGGGCACAUUCGAGGAGUUGGCAGAAAUGUAUCUUGAGCACGUACGCAGCAUUCAAUCACAGGGACCGUACCACUUCAUUGGGUGGAGUUUUGGAGGAAUCCUCGCAAUGGAGAUGUCCCGGCGGCUGGCAGGAUUGGGCGAAAAGAUUGGCCUCCUUGGUAUUAUCGACACCUACUUCAAUAUACAUAGAGCGACACACAGCAUUGGAUUGGGAGACACCAAGAUCCUAGACCCUAUCCACCACAUCUACCGCCCCGAUCCGGCAAAUUUCGAAGGUCUCCCAUCUGCGACGGACCACAUCGUGCUGUUCAAGGCCCUGGAAACGAACGAUCAGUAUGAAUCGGAGAGUCAGCGUCGUCUGUAUGAGUACUACGACGGAACCCCACUCAACGACCUGGAUAAAUUGCUGCCAAGUGAUACUGCCGUUCAAGUGGUCCCGCUUACAGGCGAUACUCACUUUUCUUGGGCCAAAAAUCCACCGCAGGUAGACCGGAUGUGCGCGGCCAUCAAGGAGUAUCUCUCUGGUUAUUAG